UCCUGCCAGUAUCCAAACGGUGAACCUGCCUUCCGUGACUCAGCCUGAAGCCUCUACUCAGCCUGAAGCCUCUACUCAGCCUGAUGCCUCUACUCAGCCUGAUGCCUCUACUCAGCCUGAUGCCUCUACUCAGCCGGAUGCCUCUCUUCAGCCGGAUGCCUCUCUUCAGCCGGAUGCCUCUACUCAGCCUGAAGCCUCUACUCAGCCUGAAGCCUCUACUCAGCCUGAUGCCUGCAUUCAACUUGAUGCCCGCUGUUGAUCCAGAUGAUCCGGUACCUGAUCCAGUGCCCGCUGUCGUGCCUGUUGACUCGGAGCCCACUGUCUUGCCAGACGACUCGGUGCCCGCAGUCCCGCCAGUUGACUCGAUGCCCGCUGUUCCGCCAGACGACUCGGUGCCCGCAUCUUGCCAGACGACUCGGUGCCCGCAGUCUUGCCAGACGACUCGAUGCCCGCUGUUCCGCCAGUUGACUCGGUGCCAGCAGUCUUGCCAGACGACUCGGUGCCCACUGUCGUGCCUGGUGACUCGGUGCCCGCCGCUUCGCCUGGGGGCCCGAGACCUGUUGCUCCGCCUGAGGGCCCGAGACCUGUCGCUCCAUCUGGGUGUCCGGCGCCCGCCGCUCCGCCUGAGGGCCCGAGACCUGUCGCUCCAUGGGGGUCCGUGCGCCCGC